CGCCUCCCCUACGUCAUCACCUCCUUCCCAGAAACCACAAACCAACAACAACAACAACGUCCCGGAGCUGAGGAGGUGGACGCUGGACGGCGGACGGCGGACUGAGACGCGGUUAAAAGCCCGGAGCUGUUUGUCAUCGUGUCCGCGAACAUCGAGAGACAAUGGCGGAGCAGAACACGGAGGCGAAGCUGAAGAACCUGCUGAAGCAGGAGAAGAUCCAGCUGUGGAAUCCUCCGUACACCGGAGACGACAACGAGCCGGGACAGCAGCACAUGCAGGAGCUGGCGGAGCGCUACGCCCCUCGUGUGUGUCUGUCGGUGGCAGACGUGGCGGGCGCUCUGGAGUCCAUCAGAGUUCAGACGGUCAAACGGGGGAAAGGAAACAAGACGUUCAGAGAGACCAACGUGGCAACGCUGGAGCUUCUGCUGCCCAGAGACAGGAAGGAUCCAAAGUCAAAGAAGAGCUACCUGGAGACGAGGCUGGACGUGUUGGUCCAGGAGGUGGUGGACAGGAUCGGACAGGACUACGGCCUCAAAUACAUCAAACUGAUCCUGAACGGGAAAACUUUGUCAGUAGACCAGCGUCUGGACGAGCAGGGCGUGAAGAACCACAGCAAGAUGAUGGUGCUGAGGGUGAGCGAUGCCGAGCUGAAGCAGCAGAUGAGUAAGGAGGAGCAGAAGAAGAAGGAGCAGAACGAGAGCCUGCAGCGGACGCAGAAAGGCUUCCAGAUCCUGUCAGAGAGAGACGGCAGUGAAGACCCAGACACCACGCCGUUCCUGGAGAUCGCUGAUCAGAAGGGAAACCCUCUGAAGAUCCCGCACAAGGAGAAGAAGGCUCUGAUCCUGGCCAUGGGUUUCCAUGAGAAAGGUCGUUCUCUGAUGAAGAGGAAGCAGUACGACGACGCUCUGUGCCACCUGCUGCAGGCCGACCAGCAGUUCAGUAAGUGCGACUCGGCUCUGCUCACCUCGGUGGACAACUACGCCGUCCUGCAGCUGGACAUUGUGUGGUGCUACCGGGCUCUGGAGGCUCUGUCCUGUCUGGACGACGGCAAGAGUCGCCUGCAGAGAGCCGAGGACUGUUUCCUGCAGUGUUACGGAGAGCAGCGGGAGAGGCUGCGCAUGAUCAAGGGGAACACAGGCAGGGAGGAGGUGUUGUUUCUCCGGCUGUAUCUCCUCCAAAGUCUCCUCUCCUACAUCGAAGGGAACGACGCUCAGACCCGACACCAGCUGUCCAAGGUGGAGUCUCUGUACAGCCGCCUGUGCCUGGACUCAGAGAAGAUGGCUCAGCUGAUGGCUCUGGGUUUCUCUGAGAGAGAAGCUCGACUCGGACUCAGAGCGUGUCAGGGCGACCUGCAGGACGCCGCUGACCACAUCAGCAACCGCAGACAGGAGCGAGAGGAGCUGAGGCAGAGGGAGAGACAGAAGAGGAGGAGGAGGAUGGAGGACGUGUCCACCCUCAUCCAGCAGGGUUACUCCAGGAGAGACGCUGCCAGAGCUCUGCACCGUGCCGACGGAGACGUGAGCAAAGCUCGUGGAAUCCUCCAGGUGUCCAUGCAGACUGCUCAGGCGACCAACAACAACACAGAGGAGGCAGUGAGUGCGGAGAAGGUGGAGCAGUUGCUGUAUUUGGGUUUUGAGAGGGACGCGUCUGAAGCAGCUCUCGGUCUGACGGGUGGAGACGUCCAGUCAGCGACUCAGCUGUUGCUGAACAACCAGGGCGUCCUCUCCCCCUCCCCGUCCCCGUCCCCCUCCACCUCCACCUCCCCCUCCCUGGAGGAGCCCUCCACCUCCUCCACCUCCACAGAGGACGAGGAGCUGGUGAGCGAGGUGCUGGAGGACAUCUCUCGUCACGAGGAGGACUAUCUGGACCUGACGCUGGAGGAGGAGAGCGAGCUCAUCGACACCUUGAAGUCCUACCUGAGCCGCGGGUCCACGCCCACGGUGUGACGCGCGGAGCGCCACGUGAGGCGUCACAUGUCCCGACGGUGACGUCAGCUCUCAGAUAAUCAGGUUUAAAUCUUAAUUAAGAGAAACAAAAAUGAUUAGUGGAAAAAGUCUUUGUUAUUUACAGCUCAGCUGAGGUAAAGGUUUAUUUUGAUGGUGCAGCUGCUGAUACGUUCCUUCAAACCUCUGAUGUUAAAAAUCCCUCAGCUGUUUUUCUUUAAGUGUAAAAUUCUCAGAUGUGUCUGAUGUUUCCUGAUGUUUCUCCUGAAUCAUGAGUUGUGUGUGCAGCAGCUUCUUUAGACGCACGACGUGAUGGUUGAUGGGGUUUUUUUUUUUUUUUGAUAAACCAAAGUUUUUGUGUUCUUCGUUUUCCAAAGAGCUGCUGAAUUAAAACGAACGCUCGGGUUCAGGAAACACUUUGAAUGACAGUUUGCAUCUGAUCUGAUUUUAGUUCAAUACGUUUCGUUUAUGUUGAGUUCCAUGUUUGUCUCAUGUUGAUGGAGCCAAUAAAGAAAAUGAAGGUUUUAUUUGAGUUUGUUCAGGA